AUGUCUACGAGCCUCGAAACCCUUGGCAACAGAAGCGGGCCUCCAAAACAAUCGAAUCUCUACUUGAUAGGACCUCAGUGUAGUGGAAAGACGACUCUUCUCAACGCAUUGAGAGCAUUCUACUCUGAUCACGACCCAGCAUCUCAUGGAUUCAACCAGCCGUUUAUCAUCGAAGAGGUUGCCCGAUUUAUCAUGCAAGAGAAGGGUUUUCAGGCAACAGACCUAUACGAUAGUGUUCGGGGCCUUAAAUUACAGAUGCACAUUCUGCUGAGACAGGACCAAACCGAGGAGCAUAUGAAGGAUCAGUGGUUCUUUGCAGAUCGAUCAGCGCUAGACACGCUAGUAUAUGCGAAAGAAUAUACUGGACUCGACGCCCUCAAAGCACUAGCGAGAACGGGGGAGUGGGCAAAGUCAAGGUUGAGAAUGCAACACGCUACAGUGAUAGUUUGCGAGGCUGGUAAUACAGAGUGGCUAAGUGCAGACAGAGUCAGGUUAGCCUAUCAUGAUACUUCGGAGUGGAAGGCAUUGAAUGAAGCGUUCUUCAUUAUGCUCAGGGAGUAUGAAAUUCCAUACAGCGUUCUACCCAAUGCUAUCAAAGACUUGGGGGAGCGGGUAGCACUGUACUCAGGCGCCAGCGUCGAGUGGGCGGUGCAAGGCCGCUUGGAGUGUUGCCUCGUUUAG